GCGUAGAAAGAAUCAAGCGAGUACAGUGGAGUACAGUUUUCGAUAGGAAGACAAAAACAAAACUUUUUAUGAAUUGUUAUCUUGCGUACGCGCUGGCGGACGAGCGUAUCUUCGCCUGUGACUCGUAAAUUUUAACUGAAUGUUUGGAAUCGACAAAGUUAUAGGAAUGGUUCACUAUCAAAUGUUGGAAGCUUUCAUUACUUAGGCAAUUGUAUGACUUCCAACAUUCUGACACAAUAGUUGUUCCAGGCAAAACCCAUUCCCGAAUACACUCAAGGAGUGUUGUCUCAGUUCUAUCCUUUACUGGAACGAUAAAAGUCUGCUUUGAAUCCCGCUCGUAUCCUCCAAAAACCCAAUUUCCCUCAACAAAUUGAUCAUGAUUGUAUUUGCGUUGUCCAAUUUGUGCUUCAAUGAUUUCUACUGUGUGUCCUGGGCCUCCAAGCUGUUUGCUACGUUUUUCAGCCCAGAACACACAAACCUAACAAUGGUAACAGGACUAACUGAGCAUGGAAUACAAGCUGAUGUUAUAUUUGUCAUCGAAGGAACGGCUGUUAAUGGAGCAUACCUUAAUGAUCUUAAAACAAAUUAUGUUAUUCCCACAUUGGAAUAUUUUAGUCAAGGUGGCAUAGAAGACAGGGAAUAUGUUUCCGAGAAUAGCACAACGUUGUAUGGAAUAGUUGUUUACCAUGCUGCUGAUUGCUUACCAUCUCCAUGCACGGAGACUCUUGGACCUUAUUCAAAUCCUCACAAACUGCUGAUGGUCCUAGACAAGCUUGAAAUGGUUGGUGGAAAGGGAGAGUCCUUUGCAAACAUAGGGGAAGGUCUUGCAACAGGAUUGCAAUGUUUCGAAGACUUACAACUGAGAAGAGAGCCAAGUACAGCUUCGCAGAAACAUUGUAUUUUAAUAUGUAAUUCGCCUCCAUAUCAAACUAUGAUUCAAGAGACUUACAAGUUCGCUGGUCAUACUAUUGAACAAUUAGCUGCUAUUUAUCAAGAGAGGAGUAUUAACAUCUCUAUAUUAUCACCAAGAAAAAUUCCGGCAUUGUAUAAGCUAUUUGAAAAGGCUGGCGGUGAUUUACAGUCCUCGCAAACAAAGAAUUAUGCCAAGGACCCACGGCACUUGGUGCUUUUGCGAAAUUAUAAUUUGAAGGAGCGACCUGUUAGUCCUCAGAUGGGCGGUAAUGUUCAUAAUGCCGCUGCUACCGCCGCGCAAAUACCCUUGAGUCCAUUGCAGAGCAACGACAGUCCGAAUACUAAUCAAGUGCAGCAGAGUAUCGCUCCGCCAAAUCAACAGCAGGGUCCUCCUUUCAGAAAUCAAGCUCCUCAGAAUAUUCCUUCUGUCCAUCAAACUGUAACGCCAUCCAUGGCGGCACCGAUGAAUACUGCACGACCGCCUUACAAUCCUCAGAUAGCCGCACCACCGAAUUAUCAUCCACCGGGCGUGAACAUAGCUACGAGGCCCAGAUGGAUGCGACCGUUCAUAGCACCGGGUGCGACCGCGCCCGCAAAUACUCAAGGCAGUGCGCUGAUAGCGCAACUGACACAGCCGCCUUCGUCAUUAGGACUCAAUGUAGCUGCGUUUAGUCAACGAUUAGAUGUAACCGGCAAUAACGUUAUGGCAGCAAAUCAACAACAGCAACAACAGCAACUCACGCAGCAGCAGCAGCAACAACUGCGCUUGACAAUGCAGCUACAGCAGCAGCAGCAGCAGCAACAGCAGCAGCAGCAGCAGCAAAAUGUCCAGCAGCCUACUAUGUCGAUGGCCACUCAACCGACUCACAGUCAACCGGGAUCACAACUUACCACGUCUUGUAUUAGUCAGUCUAUACCUACUCAAGUACCACAGACUGUUACAGCUUCGCAAGCUCCGGUCUCAGUAUCAUCUAUUACGCCACAGAUUACUCAUCCUCAACCACAAGGCAAUGUACCCACUGGUACUGUGCAAAGUCAACAACUCGUGCCACGUGAACGUCAGAACAUCUGGCAAGGUAUCGUGGAAUGGAUCGAAAAGGCUAAAAAUCCUACGGAUGCGCAAAAGCAAACGAGACACGUACCGUGCCAAGUCUCGGCUAAUGCGAAAGACGGAGAUCCAGAAUUGAAAGCGGAUACAUGGCCACCAAAACUGAUAAUGCAGUUGAUGCCGAAACAAUUGAUAGGAAGUAUUGGCGGCACCUAUCUGAAAAAUUCAAAAUCUGUCGUAUUUCACCCGACGCCAUGUGAAGCACUGGAGUCUUUGACAAAAAUGAUGACUGCUGGAUUUGCUGGUUGUGUCCAUUUUACUUCUGCGUCAUCAAGCCCCGCUUGUGAAAUAAAAGUACUUAUACUUUUAUAUACUACGGACAAAAAGACGUACCUAGGCUUUAUUCCAAACGAUCAAACAGCUUUUGUGGAUCGUCUUCGCAAAGUUAUACAACAGCAGAAAACGUCUCAAAACGCUUCUGUGAGACAGGCUAAUCCUGGACCAGGUAAUACGAUUCCCACCCCCAUGCCUACCUCAGGUACACAAGGAGGUAUUCUUAUGUCCCAAACGAAUACUAUGGCGAUGGGUGGUGGUCAGAUAACACAGAAUGUUGUGUCCACCGCUCCUCCGCAAACUUUAACUUCGACUAGCGGCCCACAAACUCAAAUGAAUAUGCAGGUAAUACAAAUGAACAGUGGAAUUGGCGGCCCGCAAGCAAAUGCUGGUGCCGGAGGUAUGAUCGGACAGCAACGACCACCGUUUGAUGAUUUAGAGAUUGCUAGGCAUCAAAAUUUGCUAAAGAUUCAACAUCUAAAACAAACGUUAGAAGCUGCACAACAGCAAGAAGCGCAAUACAAGUCUCAACUGGAAGUUAAUAUUCAACAAAAUCUAGAAGUGGCACAACAACAAGAGAUGCAAUAUAAGCAACAACUUGAGGCACAACAGGCACAGGCACAAAGAGGUCUCAAUCAAGCUGCUAUGGCUAACCAACAGGCAAACUCUCAAAGAUUAAUGCGUCCAGUUUCCACUAACAAUCUUGGUCUCAGACAUUUAUUACAACAGCCACAACCUCAGUAUAGCGUUCGACAAGUAUUUGGAGUGCAACAGCAAAUGGUAGGUCCAAGAGGACAAAUAGCAACAAGACCAAUGGCACCUGGCAAUACGCAAAAUCAGCAGUUUGAGGAUGUGUCGAAUUAUGAUUUCCUUACCAAAAUGUCUGAGGAAAGUCAAGGAUUAUCAGAGAGACAGUCCAUGUAUAUCGCUCAAGUACCGCAGUUCCAAUCAGAAAAUGAGCCUUUGGAAAAUUACAUCGACAGGCUUACGGCGUUUCUCGAAGUUAAGGUAUCGGAAAAUGAGAAGGUCAACACACUGACAGCUGUCAUUGGCGCGAAAGCUUAUGCCAUAUUAAAGUAUAUAAACUUAUUACCAGAAAAGUCUACAGAUAAGAGAUACGUUGACCUGAUAGAAAUACUUAAAAAGCAUUAUUCGGGAGAAUUAAUUCUGUCAGAGCGUUUCAAAUUUAAUAGAAGAUCUCAAUUGCCCACAGAAACAAUUGCAGAAUAUAUCCUAACACUGAAGCAAUUAUCAGUCACUUGUGAUUAUGGAGAAUUCCUAGAUCAGACUUUGAGAGACAGACUUAUUGCAGGUUUAAACAAUAAGCUCUUAAUAAAAAAAUUAUUAGCGAAACCUGCUAAUAUGUCUUUUGCAGAAGCUUGUAAGAUAUGUUUGAAUUUUGAAACAUCAUUACCUGGAACUAGCAAAAUUAAAAGUAAACCAAAUCAGCAAGAUCUAAAAACUAAAUCAAAUAUUCGACGUUUAAUCAAUAAAAGUAAUCGUGUGAGAUGUAAACAAAAUAUUGCCAACAGGUGUCCAACCUGGAGAAAACAGCUAUGUUUUCGAAUACAAAAAAAGAGAAAGAUACUUGCAGCUUACAGAGCGAGAGAUAAUGGCAAGUCUCCUGAACAAAGAAAUGAAGAUCAGUUUAAUACCGGCAAUAUCACACAUAUAAAAAUAGAAAAUAUGCUCUCAUCUAAUCAAGGCAACGUACCUACUGGUAGUGUACAAAGUCAACAACUCGUGCCACGCGAACGUCAGUACAUCUGGCAAGGUAUCGUGGAAUGGAUCGAAAAGGCUAAAAAUCCUACGGAUGCACAAAAGCAAACUAGACACAUACCGUGCCAAGUCUCGGCUAAUGCGAAAGACGGAGAUCCAGAAUUAAAAGCGGAUACAUGGCCACCAAAACUGAUAAUGCAGUUGAUGCCGAAACAAUUGAUAGGAAGUAUUGGCGGCACCUAUCUGAAAAAUUCAAAAUCUGUCGUAUUUCACCCGACGCCAUGUGAAGCACUGGAGUCUUUGACAAAAAUGAUGACUGCUGGAUUUGCCGGUUGUGUCCAUUUUACUUCUGCGUCAUCAAGCCCCGCUUGUGAAAUAAAAGUACUUAUACUUUUAUAUACUACAGACAAAAAAAAGUACCUAGGCUUUAUUCCAAACGAUCAAACAGCUUUUGUGGAUCGUCUUCGCAAAGUUAUACAACAGCAGAAAACGUCUCAAAACGCUUCUGUGAGACAGGCUAAUCCUGGACUAGGUAAUACGAUUCCCGCCCCCAUGACUACACAAGGAGGUAUUUUUAUGUCCCAAACAAAUACUAUGGCGAUGGGUGGUGGUCAGAUAACACAGAAUGUUGUGUCCACCGCUCCUCCGCAAACUUUAACUUCGACUAGCGGCCCGCAAACUCAAAUGAAUAUGCAGGUAAUACAAAUGAACAGUGGAAUUGGCGGCCCGCAAGCAAAUGCUGGUGUCGGAAGUAUGAUCGGACAGCAACGACCACCGUUUGAUGAUUUAGAGAUUGCCAGGCAUCAAAAUUUACUAAAGAGUCAACAUCUAACACAAACGUUAGAAGCUGCACAACAGCAAUACAAAGCGCAAUACAAGUCUCAUCUGGAAGUUAAUAUUCUACAAAAUCUAGAAGUGGCACAACAAGAGAUGCAAUAUGAACAACAACUUGAGGCACAACAGGCACAGGCACAAAGAGGUCUCAAUCCAGCUGCUAUGGCUAACCAACAGGCAAACUGUCAAAGAUUAAUGCGUCCAGUUUUCACUAACAAUCUUGGUCUCAGACAUUUAUUACAACAGCCACCUCAGUAUAGCGUUCGACAAGUAUUUGGAGUGCAACAGCAAAUGGUAGGUCCAAGAGGACAAAUAGCAACAAGAUCAAUGGCACCUGGCAAUACGCAAAAUCAGCAGUUUGAGGAUGUGUCGAAUUAUGAUUUCCUUAGUUGAGCAUCGCAAACAAAUGUUUUUUUAAAUUUAUCUUAAUAUUACGCACGCGCGUGUGCGUCGCGUAUAUGCACGAUUGUGUAAAAGAACAUACAUGAGACCAUGAUUUAAAUUUUAUAUAUUUGUGAGAAUAAAAAAGAAUACUUGUACAUAAGGUGAAAUAUAUGCAUGAAAUGUAUACGAAUAUAUAAAGUAUUUAAUUAAUAAGA